CGUUAGGAGGCGCUCAAGUCGCUGUGAAAAAAUUCCAAACAUUCAAUGAGCCAACAAAGAUACUGAAACACAUAAAUAAUCGAAGGCGUUUUAAUAGUCAAAAUAGUUAUACAAAAAUGUCCAAAUUGAUUUUAUAAAAUUAAUUUUUUAAUUUUUUUAAACAAAAGAACAUAAAUAAAAAGAAAGAGAAUGGCUUUCUUAUGUCCUGUGCGUAUGCGACGCGAUAAAAAGAAGGUUGAGCGAGACUUGCCAGUACCUGUUGGCAUGGGUCGCAUAACUGGUUCGUCAAGCAUCGAAACACUUGUACGCGUAGGUAUAGAAAAGGAACAUGGGCUCAGUCCAGACUCUAAAAUGGUUGUGCUCCACGACUUUACACCUUGUGUAGACGACGAACUCGAAGUGAAACGUGGUCAAAUUGUAAAUCUCCUGUACCGUGAAAAUGAUUGGGUGUAUGUCAUAGGACAGGAAACACGUCAAGAAGGCUUUAUACCAUACUCGUACUGCGCACCAGCUCAUACACAGUUAGCUGAUCUAGCUGUAAAAAAAAAAUUACCACGAGAACAAAAUGUCAACAUAGAUCAUGGUGAGAACAUACCAUUGUUAAGUGCGGAAUCAAAAUUGGAAUUGUUGGAAGAUAGUGGGCCAACACUAAAAAAUAAUGAAACACUCAUCUUGGAACCAGAGUGUACACCAUUUCAUAAAGAAGCAAGCGGACGAUAUAUUGUUUUAUAUACAUUCAUAGCACGCGAUGAGAAUGAUUUAUCCGUGGAACGAGGCGAAUUUGUCACUGUGCUAAAUCGUGAUGACACUGAUUGGUUCUGGAUUGUGCGCAGUGACGGUGAAGAAGGUUUUAUUCCUGCAGCAUUUGUUUAUCCGGCAGAUAGUGUUUUACAGGUACAGCAAAAUAUGGUAAUGCAGGAAAAUGCACAUCAUAACACAAAGUUAAACACGGAACACAAUAAGCAUAAUUCAAAUGUGGUGGUCACCAAUAACAUCCAUGGAGGACAUGCUCAGAUUUUGAAAAACACAAAUAACCCACUAGAUCCUACAAAUGGAUUAAGCAGUUUACAACAACAACUUAUACAACAAAAUCAGACUAAUCAUCAGCAUCAGCCACAAAUUGGUAUUGGUACAGAUGAUCUACGCUAUGGCACAGAGCUCGUUAUGCUAUACGACUAUAAGGCACAAGCACCUGAUGAUUUAAGCGUGCGCCGCGGUGAUUGGAUAUAUGCGGACUUAAGUAAUCAAACUGUAGACGGUUGGUUAUGGGCAUAUGCACCGAAAAUAAGAAAAUAUGGCUUUAUACCUAAGGCUUAUGCACGUCCUCCAGCAAUGACAAGCCUUUAAAUAUUGCGCAGUCUUUUAGCGGGAUGUUGACUAAACUUCUUGAAUAUGUAUUGUGUUAUGCUCUUACAGUUACUCUUAAUACUUAAUUCGUAAUUAGAUUGUAUGUUGAUUAAAUUUAUGAAAACUCAAAUUUGAAGACAAAAAUUAG